AUGAAAGCUCGCCGAGUUUUGAGCUCGCUGAAUCUCGGAACAACUGCCACCUUGAGAAGUGUUUCUACUUUGAACAACAAAUCAUCAAGCAUUGGAUUUUGGAGAUUGGCAUCAUGUAGUACAUUGUUGCAUCAUGAAAACAAAAAUUUCAUUCAGGCCCGAAAAUUCAAUCAACAACCACCCAUUUCAUCAUCAAGCCAAACCAAUUCAAUCAAUACAACAACUACCACUACGACAUCAUGGCCACAGAAAUUUGUAGAGUCUGCACCAAGCUCCAUUCGACCCUAUCUGUAUCUGAUGAGGCUUGAUAAACCUAUUGGUACAUGGCUUUUGCUUUAUCCGUGUUUAUGGAGUUUGGCGUUUGCAGAUGUUGCCUCUCUCAUUCCGAGUAUAUAUUAUAGCGCUUUAUUUGCAAUUGGUGCAAUAAUUAUGAGAGGUGCUGGAUGUACAGUGAAUGAUAUGUGGGAUCGUGAUUUUGACAAGCAAGUGGAAAGAACUAAAACGAGGCCAAUUGCAAGCGGUCAAAUAUCCAUGAAGAAUGCAACGAUAUUCUUGGGAGCACAAUUGUUAGCUGGCUUGGCAGUGUUGGUUCAAUUCAAUUAUUACACAAUUGCUGUGGGAGCUAGCUCAUUGUUUUUUGUGUUUACCUAUCCUCUCAUGAAACGAUUUACGUAUUGGCCACAAAGUUAUUUGGGCUUAACUUUCAAUUGGGGUAUUUUUGUAGGAUAUGCUGCCUUUGCAGGUUUCUGUAAUUGGUCAAUUUUAGUUCCCAUGUAUUUGGGCUCUAUUGCAUGGACUCUUGUCUAUGACACUAUUUAUGCACAUCAAGAUAAGAAGGAUGACAGAGACAUUGGAGUCAAAUCCACCGCUUUACUUUUUGGAGAUCGUACAAGAGAAAUUUUGACAGGAUUUUCUCUGCUUUUCGGCGUCUGUGCAUCUCUUGCUGGUCAUAAUGCUGGAUAUGACAUGAUUGAGCAAUGGCCAUAUUUUCUCGCAAUAUUUUCUUCAGUUCUAGGAUCCAUUUACAAAAUUCACACCAUCGAUUACAACAAUUCCCAGCAAUGCAUGAAAACUUUUGUUCAAAACAAGUGGGUCGGAUUUGUAAUUUUACUUGGAAUUAUUGGUGCUAAUUGGACCAAACGAAGAAGGGAAAAGCAGCCAACUCAACAAUAA